UGUGUGUGUGUGUGUGUGUGUGUGUGUGUGUGUGUGUGUGUAGACGUACAUGUGUUUCCUGUGUGUAGUUGGGUGUGUCUGCUCUUCUGCAUGCCUACCGAGAAACAGGAAAGCAACCCCUAUUGAUCUCAUAAUUCUAAUGUAUGAGUCAGUGAUACAGUUUGUCACAUAGACCACAAGGAAAUGUCAAACAAGUUUAAAUAGAAAACACUGACGCGGAGCACUGAGAAGAACUGAGGAGUACUAGGAAACCGAGAAUCUGACUUCAUUCAACUUGACCUUUAUUUAUACAGGUUAUACUCAUCCAGAUAUAUCUUUGGCAAGACCGACCUGUUUAUAAUCAAAUAUUUUGUUGAGGAAAGAAAAUGAAGACAAACUUUUCCUGUGGACACAUUAACAUGGACUUUACUCACACGUUCUUACCUACAGUGUAUAUGUCCGUGUUUAUUGUCGGCCUUGUUGGUAACUGCUGGGGACUAAAAUCCUUGUUUGCGAACUGGAAGAAAUUCGGAAAUAUCAACAUUUUUGUUCUGAACCUUGGAGUUGCAGAUAUUCUGUAUUUGCUCACUCUUCCAUUUCUGUUUGCGUACUACUCAGCAGGCAGUCACUGGGCCUUUGGACAGGUCUUCUGCAAGAUGACAAGAUUCUGCUUCAAUUUGAACUUGUAUGGCAGUAUUGGUUUCCUCACAUGUAUUAGUGUAUACAGGUACCUGAGCAUCGUCCACCCACUGAGAGUGAUGGGCAGGAUAACAAGGGGCCACUCUGUAGUCAUCACAGCUGUAGUUUGGGGUUUAGUCUGCAUUGAGAUUAUUCCUGAUCUGUUCUUUGACAAAACAUUACUCAACUCUUCUUCGGGGAAAGUCAAAUGCGUUGACACCACCUUCAACUUCUCUACCAAGGAAUACCUGGACUACAGUAUUGCGUGGACAGUAUCUGGAUUUUUCAUCCCUCUGCUCAUCAUAUUGGGUUGCUAUGGACACGUGGCUGUGGUCCUCUUUAACAACCCCAACAUUGACCAAGUGAUGAAGCAGAGAUGCCUAAAACUGGUGAUCAUUGUGACUUUACUCUUCUCAGUUUGCUACAUACCGUAUCACAUAUUCAGAAAUCUAAACCUGAAGACUAGGAUUUUGAAAAUCAAAGGCACGUGUGAGGAUUGGUUUGCUGGCAUCUACAUUGCUCACCAAGUCAGCCGAUCACUUGUGUGUCUAAACAGUGCCAUCAACCCAUUGGUUUACAUCCACAGUAAUGAAAACCUGCUCGUACAUAUCACCAGGCUUUGGGAACGAGCUCGUCGGUCUGUGCCUCUGCUAUUCAACCAUCGCAUCCAGACACAAACCCCACCGUUAUGAACUCACAUUGAAAUAGCAGUGUAGCUUUGUUUGCUUUCUUGAGAGUCGUUCUGCUUUUCUUUCAGCAAUUUCUAAUGUGUUUAUUACGGUGCAUAUUAUUGUUUGAAUAGGGAAGUUCAAAGUACAGUUCCCAGAUUUCUAUAGGUCUCUUGUGUGUUUGCUGUGUUUACUGAUCUGUACUAUAAAUAUGCUGAUAUGGAAA